AUGACUCGUACUCAAGUGCCCUAUCCCUCCCCUGCUACCCUGAAGCGGUUCCCUCACAUCCAUGAUGACCCUUCAAGCAUCUCCCACUCCCUAGACCCCUUCACCAUCACCACCAAGACAGGAUUCCUGCCCUAUGAGACUGCCCCUACAGAGCUCCCGGAGGCGUUCAGUGCUCUGCUGUCUCUCGUCAACCGCCUUCCUGUCGUCAGACUCGAUGGUAAGCCCGGUCUGCUGGCUACCUACGAGCUUGGCCCUGCUGUCAAGGCCGAGCUCACUGACCUGACUGAUGAGGUUGAGAAGCUUGUUCUCCCUGAUGGCUCACCUGAUCGUUUCACUGUUGCUGCUGUCUUCCGUGACUAUACCUUCCUCGCUUCGUCUUACCUUCUUGAGCCUUGCUGGGAGCACUGGAACAAGGACCCUGAGGGUGGUUACGGUCUUGGCCGUGAUAUCCUCCCUAUGGCUGUUGCCCGUCCUUUGUAUCGCUGUGCGGAGCUUUUGGACCUGCCACCUUUCAUGUCCUAUGCCGCCUCUUAUGCUCUCUUCAACUACACCGUCGCUGACCCUGCCAAGGGGUUGAGCGAGUACUCCAACCUCCGCCUCAUCCGCUCUUUUGAAAGGGGCCUUGACCCAAAGAGCUCCGAAGCAGGCUUCAUCCUCACUCACGUGGACAUGGUCAAGGAGACCGGCCCCUUGAUUGCCGGUGCUCUGAAGGUCGUCGACACUCUUGAGCAGCAUGGUUCUCGCCAGGAGAUCAACGACGGAUUCCGUGAGAUCUUGAAGUCAAUGGAGAAGAUUGAGACCUCCAUGGAAGACAUGUGGGGAAACUCCAAGCCAUCUGAAUACCUCUCCUUCCGUGUCUUCAUCUUCGGAAUCACCAAUCAAUCAAUGUUCCCCAACGGCGUGAUUUACGAAGGCUGCGAAGACGACAAGCCCCUCUUCUUCCGGGGCGAAAGCGGUGCCAACGACAGUAUCAUUCCCCUACUUGACCACCUCUGCCAAAUCCCAAUGCCCUCAACCCCCCUCACAAAAAUUCUCCACGAAUUCCGCGCGUACCGCCCCCUCCCCCAUCGCGAAUUUCUCACCUACAUUCGCGAAAAGUCCGAGGAAAUCGGCGUCCAGGAUUAUGCAGUGCAGGAUUCCGAGACGGCAGUGCUAUUCCUCCGCACAUUGAACCACGUUCGCAGUUUCCGCUGGAGACAUUGGCUCUUUGCGCGUGAGUAUAUUAUUCGUCGCACGCCGCAUCCUACUGCCACUGGUGGUUCUCCUAUUGUCACUUGGCUUCCAAACCAACUCUCCGCUGUCAUGGAUCUCAUGGUUAAGAUCUAUGAUACCCAUCUCGCGCCUAAGGAAGGUGUGACUGUUGUUGCGAAUGGUGGACAGGAUUUGAUUGCCUCGCACCGGAAGCAGGUUGAGCCUAUGAUGGAGGUUGUUCGGGACCAGAGGGAAAAGUUGGCUAAAGAGGUUGAGAAGUGGUGUCAGGAGCGGGGAGUUUAG